CCACAUGUUAAUAUCGCGUAGUAAAUUAUUGUACUUUCUUUUAAAAAAAAUCGUUUUGGCGUUGCGAUGGUAUAAAGCAGACAAGGAAGCCGACCUGGUGAACUCAUAUAAAUAAGGGAACAGCAAGAACCUGGAUCUGCCGUGAGCGACCAAUCAUGGGGUCGGACUCGCUACAGGAGAGCUCUCGGCUCGAGCUUUAUUUCAAGAUAUGGCGAUUGGUGGGUCCGUUGCAUCUAAUCGAUUCUGUCGAAUUUGACACCCUCCGAGACUGCCUUCUGUUACUAGUCAACUUCAAAGAAAAAAAUUUUCCAGUCGAGUCAAAAGGCGUACCCGUAUUCAAAUUUGAACGGCGUGUUAAAAUAAAGAAAGUUCGACGGCCCUCCAUGAAAAUGAUCACAGGAAUGCUUUGUGGCGAUCUGCAAAUGUUCGUGCCUUCGGGAAUGAUGAUGGUCGGAAGCCAUUGCGAAAGCCGCUGACAUCGUCAUCGGCAACUAGAUCCUUGGAGGGAGUUGUGAUGGAAUACAUGAUCUGAUGGUAUUGGUGACUAAAGAGAUAGAAUAAGAUUGGUAUUCAAUGUAAAAGAUAAGGUGGACGCACCGACGUUGACCUCUACCUGUUAUCGUUUCGCAAUUUACGAAUCGUAGUCAGUAGUUGCGAGAAGUUUAA